AUGGAAAUUACUAGAAGAGGUGCGGUUCCCCGGUAUUUUUCUGCUGUAUAUGCAAGUCCCGAUCCUCUGAAAAGGCGUGAAUUAUGGGAUGAACUAAGAUCUUUUGAGGCAUCUCAUGAAAAACUUUGGCUAGUUGCAGGGGAUUUUAAUGACACUCGUUUCCCCUCGGAAAGAAACAAGUCUUGUAGAGAAACCAAUCGGCGUUCGGCUUUGUUCAAUGAAUGGAUAAAUGAUAUGGAACUACUAGAGGUCGAAUUCUCUGGUUCAGUGCACACAUGGGCUAGAGGUUUGACUCUAGAGACUCGUCAAAGUGGUAGUCUUGAUAGAGCACUAUGUAAUGAUAGGUGGGCUACGAGAUUUGAAGGUGCUUCAAUGAAGCACCUCCCCGCUAUUCAUUCUGAUCAUUGCCCCAUAUUCAUAUCUCCGAAUGGUUUCACCCUGUUGCAAUCCCUCCAUAGGCCUUUUCGUUUUCAGGCUGCCUGGUUAUCUCACGAAAAAUUUCGUGAUUUUGUGGCAACUUCCUAG